UGAUGCCGGAGCAAGAUGGGCGCGCUGCACAUCGCGUGGCGGCGGCCGCUACACUGAGCUAAGAUGGAAUACGACUAUGUACCACCCACUAAUGUGGCGUACAACUACACGAGCGUGGUGUACGAGGAUGAGGCGCCGGCGCCGGUUACGCCGCUCUCCAUGCUGCUCGUCGCAUCAUUCCUCUCCCUCCUGAUAUUCGUGAGCGCGGCGGGCAACAUCUUGGUCUGCAUCGCGAUAUACACAGACAGGGGACUGAGGAGGAUCGGCAACCUGUUCCUAGCGUCGCUGGCAAUUGCUGACAUGUUGGUUGCCGCUGCCGUGAUGACGUUUGCCGGUGUCAAUGAUCUGUUAGGGUACUGGGUGUUCGGAGAGCAGUUUUGCGACACGUGGGUGGCGUGCGACGUGAUGUGCUCCACCGCCUCCAUCCUCAACCUGUGCGCCAUCUCGCUCGACCGGUACAUACACAUCAAGGACCCGCUGAGAUACGGUCGUUGGGUGACUCGCAAAGUGGCCAUCGUAACCAUAGCUCUGAUCUGGCUGCUGGCAGUCAUGGUCAGCUUCCUGCCCAUCUCCCUGGGCCUCCACCGGCCGCCAGAGGAGGAGAUCAUGAGGAAGACCAGAUACCCCACCUGCGCGCUUGUCCUCACACCGACUUACGCGGUGGUCUCCAGUUGUAUAUCCUUCAUUUUGCCGUGUAUCGUCAUGAUCAGUAUAUAUUGCAGAUUAUACUGCUACGCACAAAAGCACGUCAAAUCCAUCCGCGCGGUGACCCGAACAGUCCAACUACCCGACAACAGGACUAAAUCAGUCAGGACAAGGGUGCAUACACACGUCCACUCGUCGCCGUACCACGUCAGCGAUCAUAAGGCCGCGAUCACGGUGGGCAUCAUCAUGGGCGUUUUCCUUCUUUGCUGGGUGCCGUUCUUCUGCGUGAAUAUUGUGGCGGCUUUCUGCAAGACUUGUAUACCUGAUCUCGCCUUCAAGAUUCUCACGUGGCUGGGCUACUCCAACUCGGCUUUCAACCCGAUAAUCUACUCCAUCUUCAACACCGAAUUCCGUGAAGCAUUCAAGAAGAUUCUGACCUCAAAAUGCCCGCCAUGCUGCGGCUACCAGACGGUAAGAGCGAACACUCCCACCAGAAAUGACAAUUUUGUAACCGACUACGGAACCAAGACGCUAGUUGUCAGAAGAAGCGGUUCCCUUGGUUUGUCAGCUGUUGACCCCACUCCCAGAUCCUCAGCAGAAUCCGUGAAGCCCCUGAAGGAUUACCACAUAUGACAGGAGGACGGGAGUAGCAAUAAUGGGCUACUCGAUAAAAGUGAUGUAGUUUAAUACAAUGUUAAUCCAGUUUUGUUCGUUGUUCGA